CUAUUUUUGUUUGUCAAGUUGUCAACGUCAACUUACAGUUUAAUGGUGUACGUUUGAAAUGGCCAACUGGCUUUAAACUUGAGUUAAAGCGAAGAAAUACCUGCAAUCUUUUAAUAAGAUGGAAUUACUACAUCUUCACGAGUUCAUAGGUGAUUUAGCUGUUAUUACGACCAUUUUACAAUUUUUAUCGGGCGCGCUCGUAUGUAAACAAUAUGUAGUAAAUCGUACAACUGGGGAGUCUUCGCCGUUACCAUUCAUUUGUUGUGUAUUAUCAUGUGCAAUAUGGCUGUUUUAUGGAGUUGUUAAAAGGGAUGACAAAAUUGUUCUAGUCAAUUUUGUUGGAAUAGCAUUGAUGAGUGGAUACACAGUAGUAUUUUACAUUUUCACAUUUAAAAAAUCAAUGGUGCUGAAACAAUGUGCAACAUCAAUUUUGAUAUUUAUUUUUAUAAUUUGGUUUGUAAAAAAAGAGGAUGAUGAGCUUCUUCUUAGAACAGUUCUUGGUAUUCUAGCAAGUUUUUUUACUUUGGUAACCAUUUCGGCUCCAAUGAGCAAACUUAUCCAUGUGAUUAAAACAAGGAGUACUGAGUGCCUACCAUUCCCAUUGAUACUUAUGUCCUUCUUGGUGUCAAGCUUAUGGACUUUAUAUGGGUACAUAAUCCAAGAUUACUUUUUACAGACUGUGAAUGUCGUUGGAGCGGUGCUGGCAAUUGCACAAUUGUCAUUGUUCCUGAUAUACCCAAACAACCCACAGUUUCAGCUAUUACCAAAAUAUAUCUAAAUGAAAUACUGAAUUAAUGGUAAUAAAGUGUCCACUGUGGUGGAAGUGGAGCAGACUGAGAUGAAGCGCCGCCGGAGGUUGCCAUGGCAACUCGAAGAAAGACGCUACGUGCGUGCGAGUGUGCGGACACAUAGAUUAAAAAUAAAUAAAACGAAGUUGCCAGUAGUAGAUGAAUUGAUAUGAUAAGGAAUGGUACGUUAUUUUUUUAUUUAUUAUUUCUUAACUAGGUAUAUAUUUUUUUCAUAUAGGUAUAAUAGUACCUAGGUAAUUACUUCUUACAAAAAGUUGUGUGGAUAAAAACCAUCUGAUUAUGCUCUUUAUAUUAUCUACCUUGCCUUUAUUUUUUGCAAAAGUGUAGUUGAUUUAAAAAAAAACUGAUCAAUUGAAUAUCAAAGAACAAACGGUAUCAAGAAAUCACUUAUCUCCAUACUGUACAAGUGCCUACCUACUUAGGCAGUAUUAUAAAAUGUAUCAACAAAACGUGGAUAAACUAGAACAAACUACAAACAAAAUUUCGGUUGUUUAUUCAAGAGUAUAUUCAAAUUCAAAAAUAUCUUUAUUCAGUAGGUAAUAUAGGUAGUUACACUUUGAAUCAUCAUUUCUUAUAUAACGAACGUCUCAUCCGCCUAAAACUAUCGCAGCUUCUCACAACCUGUAUAGCCUGGGAAAAGAUAUAAAGGCACGUAAGGGGUGGGGAUAACACAAAAAAAAACUAGCUCACAAAAUUAUGCGCCGAAAGCAAUAGCCUAAGAGUCGGCGACCACCAGACCUUUGUUACUUUUUUUAUUAUCUGCCAAAGCCACGAUAAUUCACAAUUCAUAUCUAGUUGCUGAGAGUCGCUACCUGUGUUGGGGCUUAACUCACAGAAGCUUUCAGCUUUUACUUACAAAACGACGAAAAUGUAGCGGUCGCUGGGUCUUUGUAAUUUUCUAUCUUCUUCUAUCGUGUGGAUUGUGAGGUGGAUUACCAACCCCAUCAACCCACGUGUCAGGGUUAUUACUGAGCCGCUAUAGGCCCCUGACAUGUAACAACUACGUACUUUUAUUUUCUAUUUAAGUAUGUGAAUUAGACUUACCGGAUGAGAGCUCAACUAUUAAUACAUAUUUUUUUAAUGUUUAAUAUGUUUCUAGACUUUAUGGUUUUUAAAUAUUAACAAAUAAAUGUAAAUAUAUUUAUUCACGUUUAACUUUUUUUAAAUUUUCAAUAUAAAAUAUGUGUAUAUUUAUACGUAAUUUAAUGUAAUAAGGGACUUUCCAGGCUAUGUUCCUCAAAAACAAUGCAUAUAGGUAAAUAAAUGGUACUGUAAAGAUUUUCCUUCGUUUAAUCUUCUAAUUUCAUGGAUAACAGACAUGCAUCUUUUAUCUUUGUUUUUGAUUAUAAGUGACGACCCUUUUUAUUACAUAAAAAGAUAAAAUAUAACUCUACACAUAAUGUGAUCCAAAUACUUAUCAAACGACAAUUAUUUUUAUAUGUGUUACAUUGUAAUUUUGAAUAAUAAUGAUUAUUUUUGGAGAACGUAGCCUGAAGAGUCCCUUAUUCAUACAGCAAUUAUGAACUUAUAUUAUGAUAAUAUAAUAAGCCAAUUAUUUUUGCAUUUAUAGCUGUGUAAGUAACUAGAGGUACCUACCUACCUAUAUUUAAUAUUUAUUUAUAUUAUAGGUCUAAUCGAUAUAAGAUAGGUAGGUAUGUUAGUGAUUGAUCUGUAAUGUGAUUGGUAAGAAGGUAGGUUUAUAAUUUAUAAUACAUGACAAAAAGGAAUUUCGAAUCCGAUUUCCAAUAAUUGUUUUGAGUCCAGAUAUGUUAAUUUACUUUAAACAAUAAUUUUGUAGUCGAGUGCUAUAGUGCUAUUUAGUGUUAGGGAUUUCCCUAUUGGAGAGCACAAAUUGUAACAGGAAAACAGGUUGGCGACACAAAUCGAUGUUUAUUAUCUCGAAUGUACAUUUCCUUGAAUCUGCUAAUUGUCGAUUGUUACAACUUGAUGUCGAAAGUCGUACUUUAAACACAACAAAGAUAGGUAAAGUAUUAAACAUGCUGAAAGAUGAAUUAAAGUCGGUAAAUGAACCCACAAAAAGAUAAUCAGGGGCCUUAUUUUUGAACCGCUCGCCUUCAACUACCUGAGCGCUACGUGAAAUGGAUGUAUUUAUAUUCGUUUUGGCAUGACGCGGUUUGCGUAUUUGCCACCGACAAAAUGGGGAAACAAUUCACGAUAAUAAUAGCAAUUUAGUGAAACAGGAAUUUAGGAUGAAGGAUCAGAGGAUAUGGGUAUAGGCUAUACUAUUAUAAUUUUAUAUCAUUAACACAGAUAAAUAUGGAUAGGAACUUAUAGAUAUCAAAGUUAUUAUUAGGUCUACGAAAGAAGGAUCGGAAUACUAGUAGGUAAAGGGAUAUUUGUAGACAGUACAUUACGAUUUUCGUACGUGAGUUAAAAGCGAGCGAUUCAAAAAUAUGGCCCAUAAUGUUACAAAUAAAAUAAGUACGGAUUUUUUUAGUAAAGCUUUCGAUCAUGGUUAGGUACAUAUUGCUUGCGACGUUGUCCAGGGAAAACUAGUGUUUUCACAUAUAUAUUUAUAGAUAUAUUUAUAUUACCAUAAUAGGUACGAAUGUUUUCUCCGUUAUACUUUUAAUUAGGUACCUAUUUACAGUUUAUUUUAUUAUAGCUUGCUAUUUAAAAGUAUUAAUUAUUGUAGGUAUAAGCUCACAAAUUGUAAUUUGAUAGAGUGCUAAGCCUGCUUACAGGUAACUUGUAAAAUCAGGGUGCUAAAAUCUCAUUGUUAAGUCUAUUUAUUUAAAUUAAACGAAACAAAAUAUG